AUGGAAUAAUUAUUGCCAAUACUUAUUCAAGAAUAUAAUGUCUUGAAGCAAUAUGCUAAAGAGUUAUACAAACAAACAUCAAUGCAUGAAUACACAAAAUCUUUUGAUAUUUUUGAUACUGCUAUAUUGGUGUCAAUUAUAAGUGUAUUAGGACUAUGGGCAUUAAGGAAUCUUCGAUUUCCAAACAAAGAUUACAAUUAAAGUAAGAAUAAAUCUCAUUUAUAGGUUAUUUUGAAUACUUUAAAGCUUAAAUAUUUAUAUUCCUAGUAAACUAUUGUCCAGGAGUCAACUCAUAUAUUGAAUAAUAGAAAGCUAUUGCUUUGCAAUCUUUCAGCAGUUCAAUGGAAAAGAUGACAUCCAAGAAAACUUUAAAGAUUCCUGAAAAUGGAAUUGAUUCUGAUACUAUGAUGGAUAAAAUGAAUGAAUGGAUAGAAAGAGAUAGUAAACAUAAUGGUAGUGGUAAAGUUUCUGGGUCAUUGUAUGUAAUGCCAGAUAAAUAAUUUAUAAAAAAUGCACAAGAUUUUUGUAAGCAUUUCAUAUAUUCAAAUCCUAUGCAUGCUGAUCUUUGGCCAGCAACCAGAUAGAUGGAAGCAGAGGUUAUUAGAAUGACUGGAGAUCUAUUUGGAUAAGAAAAAGAAGGCAUAGGUAUAGUCACAACUGGAGGAACAGAGUCAAUCAUUUUAGCCAUGUUAGCCUACAGAAAUUGGGGAGAAUCCUAAAAAGGAAUAAAUAAGCCAAAUAUGUAAAGAUUUAAUAUAUUGUAGAGUCAUACCUGAAACAGCACAUUCAGCUUUUUAUAGAGCAGGCGAAUAUUUUAAAAUAUAAGUGAGAGUUGCUAAAAUAGAUUAAUCAUCUUUUUAAGUAGAUAUUAAUGAUCUUAGAGCAAAAAUUGACUCAAAUACAGUUUGCAUUGUAGGAUCUUUCCCAAAUUUUGGAUAUGGAACCUCUGAUCCAAUUGAACAAUUAGCAUCAAUUGCCAAAAAAAAGAAAAUCGGAUUGCAUGUAGAUGCAUGUUUAGGAGGAUUCACUGCUGUCUUUGCAAAAGAUCAUGGUGUCGAUCUAGGUAAAUUUGAUUUCACUUUGGAUGGAGUAACAUCUAUCUCAUGUGAUUAACAUAAACAUGGUUUAGCACCUAAAGGAGUUUCUACUGUUUUGUUUAAAACUAAGUAAUUACGUGAGCAUGCUUUCUUUUCGUUAGCAACUUGGUCUGGAGGAGCCUAUGCUGUUCCAAGUAUGUAAGGGUCUAAAUGCGGAGCGAAUGUAGCUGGUGCAUGGUUCACUUUGUAAUCUAUUGGUAAGAAAAAGUAUAUUGAUUACAGUAAGAAAAUUAUGGAUGCCACCUAAUCUUUGGUAAAAUCAUUAUCAGAAAUACCAGAAAUUAAGGUUUUUGGAAAUCCUUAAAUCAAUUGUGUUGCUUUUAUGAGUAAAGAAACUUGGCUUAAUGUUUAUGCUAUUCAUGAAAUCUUAACUCACCAAGGUUGGACAAUUAGUAGUGUACAAAAGCCAGCAGGUGUUCAUAUUAGUUUAACCUUAUAAAACAUUGGUAAUCUUAAAUAAUAUGUGCAUGAUAUAAAGGCUGCAAUUGAAAAAGUAAUCAAAUUCUUAACAUCUAGAUUAAAGCCAAUCCAAAAGAGUAUAAAAAAGGUGGAGAAAUGGGAACUGUAUAUGGUACAACCUAAAGAAUUCCUGAUUCUAAAUUAGCAAACUAAGCUAUAAAAGUUUAUUUGGAUUCAUUAUUAAAGAUAUGAG